AUGCAACGCUGUAAUUCAGCCUAGGUGACACAUAAAGCCUCUGCACACAAUCCCCUCCCGUUUUAACGGUGUCGAAACCCUUUCCUCCAUCCGUCGCUCAUGCCUGCGCUUGAUUUACGGGGAUGUCUUGACGACUCUCCCCAGUUUCGAAAGCGCAUUCAUGCUCACGAAGAAUCCGUUCACCAUUUUGAGAAUUCAUUAAAGACACUUUUGAAGUUAGCGCGUUCUCAAGUGGAUUUAUCAAGCGCCUACAGCCAACAACAGCAAGAGUUAGCACGCGAGUUUCUCUCCUUUGCUCAAUCGCAAGAUGAUCCCAUCGUUGCACACGCUUCGGAAAAGUUUGGCAAAUCCAUAUUAGAAGUCGAGAAAUGCCGAGACAUGUUUAAUGCACAUACUGUGGAUACCUUCAUCAACCCAUUAGACUCAUUCGUCAAAAGUACAUUGCAUCCAGUCAAGGAAUUAAAGAAACGGUUUGAACGAUCCAGUGACGAUGUCGAUACGUUAUUAGCGCGAUAUAUGAGUAAACGACCCAAAGAUCCAACCAUUUUUGAGUCGGCAAAAGAACUGGCUGAUGCGCGGAAAGUUUUUCAUCAAGUGUACAUUGAGUACGUCAAAAAGCUCAACGAUAUUGAAGCCAGGAAAAAAGUGGAUUACAUGGAAAAUGUACUGGCCUACAUGUACACCGAAUCGGUAUUCCAUCAUCAAAGCUACGAAAUUUUGAAAGACUUGGAGCCAUAUAUGCGGGAUCUUACCGGAUUGUUACAUGAUACUCGUCAACGAUACAACGAGGAAUCCGCUGAGAGUGCAGAGUACCAAGAACUGUGUGCCAAGAACGCAGUGGAUCAAUAUAACCCAAUGCAUCACGAGAUGCCAGCUGGAACGCUCGAUGAUACAUCAUCGGGCGCCAAUAGCAGUAAAUCAGGUUAUCUUUUUGAAAGAAAAGGGGGCCGAGUGCUACAGAGCUGGACUCGCAAGUAUUACAGCAUUGACGGUGAAGAGUUAACAUGUUGUACUCGAGACGCCAAGGCAUCCAAAGAAGACGAUGCACCCCAGCGAUACAAUUUACGUGUAUGCAGUAUCAGAUUCACGGAGGGUUAUGAUCGUCGAUUCUGCUUUGAAGUGAUUUCACCAAUGAAGGUUCUCGUAUUGCAGGCCGAGAACGAACUCGACAUGUUGGAUUGGGUAAAGAGUCUGAAAAUGGCCAGUCAAAUGGCGCUCAACUCGGACCAAGCACCUGCACAGUCACUUCAGCGACCUCCCAAUCGAAGAGGAUUAUCUGAUCUAUCACCUCAUCUGAAGCUAAAGGAGAGUAGCAGCGGAUCUGGAAACGAGCGGGAAUUAUUGAAAGAAUUACGGAAAAGGCCAGGCAAUGAUCGAUGCGCGGAUUGUCAGGCCAAGGAUCCUGAGUGGGCUGCUACCAACCUUGGUAUCAUUAUGUGCAUCGAAUGCUCGGGUAUCCAUCGUAGCUUGGGGGUGCAUGUGAGUAAAGUCCGUGCCCUCGUGUUGGAUAAAUGGGAAACAGAGACGGUAGAGAUUAUGCUUCGAAUUGGCAAUACGGUGGCCAAUAGUAUUUUUGAAAGCUAUAUACCCAAAGAUAUGGAAUCAUUCCGUAUUGAACCUAAUUCUUCAAGAUGUGAACGUGAUUUAUGGAUCACCGAAAAAUAUGUGAAGCGCACGUUUACAGAUCAUACAUCCGAUAUGGAUAAACCAUCCCUGGAUCAAGCAUUCUGGCAUGCUGCGACACAAUGCAAGUUACCGGAAGCAUUAAAAUACCUAGCCCAAGGUGCGGACAUUGAUUACAAGCAUCCCGAGGAAGAUGAACAAACAGCUUUACAACGAGCGGUGCAUCAGGGUGACGAAAUAGCCGUGGAAUUCCUGCUGCAAUGGUCGAGUGAUGUAAACCAGCAAGACGCAAAAGGAUGGACUAGCUUACACUAUGCCGCAGCGGCAAACAAUGUUCAUCUUGUGCUAACUCUGCUGAAACGUCAUGCAAAAGCUGACUCGACGAAUAACGAUGGAAAGACCCCUCUGGAUUUGGCAGUAGAUAACCAGAAUGUACAAGCAGUAACCGCUUUACGGUUAUUUGCGUUCGAUAAGCAACAUAAUUCAUCGCCUGCAAGCUCGUUAGAUUUUGGGUUUCGAGAAGCCAUGUCCUCUUUCAAGCACAACUCAUUCCAGAGCUACGGCAGUUCUCAGUCCGCCUUGGAUUUAAGGCAAACCAAGUCGUUAUCUGCCAAAGAAGUGGAACUUAACGACGACCAACACAGUUCCUUGCUCCACUCUUCCGAUAUAUAAAAUCACCAUGCCUAAUAAUAAUAAUUCUUUCGUCAUUACUAUUAUUUCCAUCCUUUUUCUCUGUCUC